UGUUAGAAAAAUAAUGAAAUUCCCGAAGCCUCCAAUAACCCCGAAGUCUCAAUUCCAUCUGAACUCGAGGAAAAUGGAAACAUAUAACCAGAUAAAGCUUUCAAGAUCUCUGAAUAGAAAGAUUGGGCAUAGCCCAACCCUUCCAAUUGAGAAUUUGAAGAACAAGUCCAGCUCCUUUGCAAAAUUGCAUAUAAAGGAUAGAGGCCUCCAAAGCUCAAGUAAUGAUACGAUAGAAGAGGAAGAGUUCAAAGCUACCAUGCCUCGAUUAAAACCGUCGUCUCCUAAAAGAGGAGUGUCCCAUCCUCCAAAGAAUGCUCAUUCACUCGAACAGGCACUUGCAAACUUUCUCAAGAACUCUGACACUAUUGAAACUAAAACAGUUGAGAAGAAGUUUAGCAAAUAAACCUAAAAGCAGGAAGGUGAAUACUAAGUUAAAGCUUGUUUUGCCACCUGCUUUCAACCUUCCUAAAAUCGACCAAGUGUCUACUCCAACCGAGAUGUCUUGUAAGGGUGACUUUGAAAAUCUGGACACUAAUAGGGAGAUAAGGAAAAUGCUUCAUAAUCAGGUGAGGGUGAUUUAAGAACAAGACAAUAGUCAGAGAGACAAAGUCCUCUUUGAUCAGGAAGAGAAUAGCUCAAGAGAAUAAGAAGAAGGCAAUAUCUGAAGAAAAGGAUGUAGGAUUUAGGUACAGGAAUAAGCUCAAUUCACGCAUUCUGGUCCUUAACAAACGGUGUAAUGACGAGAUGAAGAAAUAGUACAAAACUUCAUAAAUUUGUUGGGAAAAUCGAAGUUAUAGUCAAUAAGUCCUAUGGAAACCUUCACAAGCUCAUAAAGAAAUCGGAGAAAGAAAAGAAGCAAAAGUUGACACUGAAAGAUGGUCUAUUGAUACAACUACAGAAAAAAACUGCUAAUAUUGGGCUAGGACAUUUCUCCUCUCACAACACUCGAAAUUCGGAUAAAGUUUCUAUCAGAGUAAGAAGCCACGAUGUAGCCAAUAAUAGGUAUAGCGACUUUGACUGGUAAGGGCUGGAAGCCCUUACCAGUCUCUUGGUCGUCUAUUCCUAGUAAUCCUUCUAUCACUGCUCUAACUUAUGUGCGAACCUUUAUUCCAAUUUGUUUACAGAAUAGCCGAAGCGGUCCUAAUCGAUCAC